GCAACACGUCUUUCCUCUAGCCAGAGCCAGUCAUCCCUGUCAAGGAUGCCACCUCAGACUUGGCCAUCAUAGCCCGGAAAGGCAGCCAGUUGGUGCGCAAGCACAGGGAGCAGAAGGAGCGUAAGAGGGCUCAGCAUAAGCACUGGGAGCUGGCAGGCACAAAGCUGGGAGACAUUAUGGGGAUCAAGAAAGAGGAGGAGAAGGAUGAGAUGGUGACAGAAGAUGGCAAAGUGGAUUACAAGACUGAGCAGAAGUUUGCCGAACAUAUGAAAGAGAAAAGUGAAGCCAGCAGCGAGUUUGCCAAGAAGAAAUCAAUCCUGGAGCAGAGGCAGUAUCUGCCCAUCUUUGCUGUGCAGCAGGAGCUGCUUUCCAUCCUCAGAGACAACAGCAUUGUGAUUGUGGUGGGGGAGACGGGCAGCGGGAAGACGACCCAGCUGACGCAGUACCUCCACGAGGACGGCUACACGGACUACGGCAUGAUCGGCGGCACCCAGCCCCGCAGAGUGGCGGCAAUGUCAGUGGCCAAGCGGGUCAGCGAGGAGAUGGGCGUGCGGCUGGGAGAGGAGGUGGGCUACGCCAUCCGCUUUGAGGACUGCACGUCUGAGAACACGGUGAUCAAGUACAUGACGGAUGGAAUCCUCCUUCGUGAGUCGCUGCGAGAGGCUGACCUGGACAACUACAGCGCUAUCAUCAUGGAUGAGGCACAUGAGCGUUCGCUCAAUACCGACGUGCUCUUUGGCCUGCUCCGAGAGGUGGUGGCCCGACGCUCAGAUCUGAAGCUUGUUGUCACCUCGGCCACCAUGGAUGCAGAUAAAUUUGCCUCUUUUUUUGGGAACGUUCCAAUUUUCCACAUUCCUGGACGCACUUUCCCUGUUGAUAUUCUGUUCAGCAAGACCCCACAAGAGGAUUAUGUGGAGGCUGCAGUGAAACAAGCCCUGCAGGUCCAUCUGUCUGGUGCUCCUGGAGACAUCCUCGUCUUCAUGCCUGGCCAGGAGGACAUAGAGGUGACCUCAGAGCAAAUUGUGGAGCACCUUGAGGAGCUGGAGAAGGCACCUGCUCUCGCUGUGCUGCCAAUCUAUUCUCAGCUACCGUCGGACUUGCAGGCCAAGAUCUUCCAGAAGGCUCCGGACGGGGUCAGGAAGUGCAUCGUGGCCACCAACAUUGCGGAGACCUCCCUGACCGUGGACGGCAUCAUGUUUGUGAUCGACUCCGGCUACUGCAAGUUGAAGGUUUUCAACCCCCGGAUAGGCAUGGAUGCACUGCAGAUCUACCCCAUCAGUCAAGCCAAUGCCAAUCAGAGGGCAGGUCGGGCUGGCCGAACCGGCCCGGGCCACUGCUUCAGGCUCUACACCCAGAGCGCCUACAAGAAUGAGCUGCUGACAACCACGGUGCCCGAGAUCCAGCGCACUAACCUCGCUAACGUCGUGCUUUUGCUGAAGUCCCUGGGCGUGCAGGACCUGCUGCAGUUUCACUUCAUGGAUCCGCCCCCCGAGGACAACAUGCUGAACUCCAUGUACCAGCUCUGGAUCCUGGGUGCCCUGGAUAACACAGGUGGUCUGACCUCAACGGGACGUCUCAUGGUGGAGUUCCCACUGGAUCCUGCGCUCUCCAAGAUGCUCAUUGUCUCCUGUGACAUGGGUUGCAGCUCGGAGAUCUUGCUCAUUGUCUCCAUGUUGUCUGUGCCUGCCAUCUUCUAUCGGCCUAAGGGCCGAGAGGAGGAGAGCGACCAAGUGCGGGAGAAAUUUGCGGUUCCAGAGAGCGAUCAUUUGACUUAUCUGAAUGUCUACCUGCAGUGGAAGAACAACAACUAUUCUACUCUGUGGUGCAAUCAGCACUUCAUCCAUGCCAAGGCCAUGCGGAAGGUGCGGGAGGUGCGUGCCCAGCUCAAGGACAUCAUGGUGCAGCAGCGGAUGAGCCUGGCGUCCUGUGGUACUGACUGGGAUGUCGUCAGGAAGUGCAUCUGUGCUGCCUAUUUCCAUCAGGCUGCAAAGCUGAAGGGCAUCGGGGAGUACGUGAACAUCCGCACGGGCAUGCCCUGCCAUCUGCACCCCACGAGCUCGCUGUUUGGCAUGGGCUACACACCAGACUACAUCGUGUACCAUGAGCUGGUCAUGACCACCAAGGAGUACAUGCAGUGUGUCACUGCUGUGGAUGGAGAGUGGCUGGCAGAGCUGGGCCCAAUGUUCUACAGCAUCAAACAUGCUGGCAAGUCAAGACAGGAGAACCGCCGCCGUGCCAAGGAGGAGGUGUCUGCCAUGGAGGAAGAGAUGGCUUUGGCUGAGGAGCAGCUGCGUGCUCGCCGGGAGGAGCAGGAGCGCCGUAACCCGCUGGGCAGUUCAAGAUCUACUAAAAUCUACACCCCUGGGCGGAAGGAGCAGGGGGAGCCGCUGACGCCACGACGCACCCCAGCCCGCUUUGGCCUCUAAGAAGGCAGCACCAGUUGCUUUGAGGCUUAAAGACUUCCAGGAGCAGCUGGGCCUUAGGAGAGCGCCCAGCUCCUCUGAUCACUGUACUCUGUAAGGCUCCCGAUAGCUUGUCGCCCAGGAAGGCUUUGGUGCUUGGCACUAAUUUUGCUACAGAACAGAAAAUACUUUAUUUGUUUAAAGG